AAAAAAAACAACAUUUGCCCCAAAGGUUGCUUCUUUGCACUUGUGGAAGACUGGAGCUGCUGAACUCGGAAUCCGCUUAGGGUGCCCCUGCUUCACUUCUGUUUUUUAUAUUUGGAUUGUUGUCAAAUUGGUGGAUUUGGUUCUGGUUACUUAUGGACGGAGAGGAGUUAACCGAGCAGGAGACUGCAUUGUACGAUCGCCAAAUUAGGGUUUGGGGUGCUGAUGCUCAACGAAGAUUAAGUAAAUCUCACAUAUUGGUUUAUGGGAUGAAAGGGACUGUUGCCGAGUUUUGCAAGAACAUUGUAUUAGCAGGGGUUGGUAGUUUGACACUGGUGGAUGACCGGGCUGUGACUGAAGAUGCAUUAUCUUCUAACUUUUUGAUACCACCUAAUGAGAAUAUGUAUGAUGGGAAAACACUUGCUGAGGUUUGUUGCAAUUCUCUGAAAGAAUUCAACUCAAUGGUUCGUGUUUCAGUUGAGAAAGGUGAUUUGUCAAGAUUUGGUGGAGACUUCUUUGAUAAGUUUGACAUUGUAAUUGUCAGUUGUUGCACCCUCACAACCAAGAAAUUGAUUAAUGAGAAGUGCCGCAAGUUAUCAAAGCGUGUAGCAUUUUAUGCAGUUGACUGUAGAGAUUCUUGUGGCGAGAUGUUUGUUGACUUGCAGAAGUAUAUAUACACAAAGAAAAAGCUUGAUGAAAAUAAUCAACCCACAGCCAUUGAACGUGAAUUGCAAUACCCAAGUUUUCAGGAAUCAAUUUCAGUACCUUGGAGAAAACUCCCCAGGAAGGUGUCAAAGCUUUACUUUGCCAUGAGAGUGAUAGAAAGGUAUGAAGAGGUUGAGGGACGGAAUCCAGGACAAAUUUCUAUUGACGAUCUUCCUGCUGUUCUCAAGCUGAAAAAGGAACUUUGUGAGGCACAGUCGAUGAAUGAAUCUCAUAUUCCCAACGCCCUAAUGGAAAAAUUGGUCAUGGGUAGAAGAGAAUUCCCUCCAGUUUGUGCUAUCAUUGGAGGAAUCCUUGGACAGGAAGUCAUCAAAGCAAUAUCAGGCAAAGGUGAUCCCCUCCAAAAUUUUUUCUUCUUUGAUGCUAUGGACGGGAAAGGCAUAAUAGAGAAUAUAUCACCUCCUAACACGUGAAAUUGCAGACAUUGUUUGUAAAUUCGACUCUGGGGAACAAAUGAUGCGUAGGAAAAGAUUAAUCUGAUGAUUUUGUAUACUAGGUGAUAUUGACCCAAUAGGGGGAACAUAAUUUACAGAAUUGUCAGGUAGGUUUGGACAUUAAAUUUUUGCUUAUGAACAUUUUAACUUAUGGCUCUCGAUGGUUGGAGCUCUUUUAUUUUUGUUAAUCAUGUUCAUACUUUUAAGUGAUCUUCCUUCAAUAACAGAGCUGGGAUUGGCCGUUAA